AUGUCGGGUAGAAAGGACUUUUUGAGCCAACCAGCUCCCGAGAACUAUGUCGCCGGCUUGGGUCGAGGUGCUACAGGCUUUACCACCCGAUCAGAUCUGGGACCUGCGCGAGAAGGUCCGACGCCAGAGCAGAUACGGGAAGCUCUCGCAAAGAGAGCUCAGCUUUUAGGUGCUGCGCCGCCCACAGCAUACGGCGUGGGGCGAGAGAAAGGUGGGAAAGGAAAAGAACAGGAAGAAGAAGAGGAGGACGACGAUCGUUUUCAAGAUCCUGACAAUGAAAUCGGACUUUUCGCCUAUGGGCAGUAUGACCGCGAAGAUGACGAAGCAGACCGUAUCUAUCAUGAGGUUGAUCAGAAGAUGGAUAGAAGGCGGAAACUAAGAAGGUUAGUAUUCCAGUCCAGCUUCGCAUACCCAUCCCCCUACCCUUCGGAAGAGUCUUUUUUGUUCAUCGUGUUUCUAUUUUUCUCUGGACAGAGAACCGACUUGAAUUCGUUCGCCACAUAUAGGGAAGCUCGAGAGCGUCAAGAACGAGAAGAGUACGAGAGAAAUAAUCCGAAAAUCCAGCAGCAAUUUGCCGAUCUCAAGCGAUCCUUGGCCUCCGUGACAGAUGAGGAAUGGGCUAACCUCCCUGAAGUUGGCGACCUUACUGGCAAAAAUAGACGCGCGAAGCAGAAUUUGCGGCAACGCUUCUAUGCUGUUCCGGAUAGUGUGAUCGCAAGCGCCAGAGACUCGACGCAAUUCGAGACCACAGUCACCGAUGAUGGCACACAAACGGAUGCCCGUAGCGCAGAGGGCGCAGAGGGAACGAUGACUAACUUUGCGGACAUCGGCGCAGCUAGAGACAAAGUCCUCCAAGCACGCCUUGAUCAAGCAGCUCGAGGCUCUGCGGGUGAUGCGUCAUCAGGAAAUGCGACCAACAUCGACCCGAAGGGCUAUUUGACCAGCCUAACGAAAUCAGAACUUAAAGCGGGUGAAGUUGAGAUUGGUGACAUCAAACGAGUCAGAGUUCUCCUCGAGUCAGUCACACGGACAAACCCCAAACAUGCGCCGGGUUGGAUCGCCCUUGCGCGUUUGGAGGAGUUGGCUGGGAGAAUCGUGGCGGCGAGAAACGCCAUCGCGAAAGGGUGCGAGUUGUGCCCGAAAAGUGAAGAUGCUUGGCUGGAAAACAUACGGCUCAAUGAUAAUCACAAUGCGAAGAUUAUAGCGGCAAAUGCGAUUAAGCACAACGACCGCUCGACGAGAUUAUGGAUUGAAGCCAUGAAGCUAGAAUCAGACGUUCGUGCCAAAAAGAACGUCCUCCGACAGGCAAUCCUCCACAUUCCGCAGUCUGUUCAAAUUUGGAAAGAAGCAGUGAAUCUUGAAGAGGAUCCGGCCGAUGCUCGACUCCUCCUUGCCAAGGCCGUUGAAAUGAUUCCGCUGUCGGUUGAGUUGUGGCUUGCUCUUGCUCGACUUGAAACCCCGGAAAAUGCCCAGAAGGUGCUGAAUGCGGCCCGAAAAGCAGUGCCCACGAGCCAUGAAGUCUGGAUUGCAGCCGCUCGACUACAAGAGCAGAUGGGUACAGCGAACAAAGUCAACGUCAUGAGAAGGGCUGUUCAGGCUCUUGCUAGAGAAAACGCAAUGCCGAAGAGAGAGGACUGGAUUGCGGAAGCAGAGAAAUGUGAGGAGGAAGGUGCUGUUUUGACCUGCGGAGCCAUCAUCCGUGAGACUCUGGGAUGGGGUCUCGACGAAGAUGACGGUCGAAAAGACAUAUGGAUGGAAGAUGCCAAAGCCAGCAUUGCCCGAGGCAAAUAUGAGACUGCGCGGGCAAUUUACGCUUAUGCUCUGCGUGUCUUCGUGAAUAGCAAGUCACUCUGGCUUGCUGCCGCGGAUUUGGAGCGUAACCACGGCACCAAGGAGGCUCUUUGGCAAGUCCUGGAGAAAGCCGUGGAGGCAUGUCCUCAUAGCGAGGUGCUCUGGAUGCAGCUCGCCAAGGAGAAGUGGCAAGCUGGGGAAAUUGAUAAUGCGCGGAUCGUACUGGGAAGGGCGUUCGCGCAAAACCCCAAUAACGAAGAUAUUUGGCUUGCCGCCGUCAAGUUGGAGGCUGAUGCGCGACAAACUGAACAGGCGAGAGAACUUCUUGCCACAGCUCGUCGCGAAGCGGGUACCGAUCGUGUUUGGAUCAAGAGCGUCGCAUUCGAGCGCCAGUUGGGUAACCUGGACGAGGCUCUUGACCUUGUGAACCAGGGGCUUCAACUUUAUCCCAAGGCUGACAAGCUGUGGAUGAUGAAGGGCCAGAUCUACGAGUCACAGAACAAGUAUCCCCAAGCUCGAGAAGCAUAUGGUACCGGCACCAGGGCCUGCCCUCAGUCAGUUCCCCUGUGGCUCCUUGCCUCCAGGCUCGAGGAAAAGGCUGGUGUGGUCGUCAAAGCACGCUCAAUUCUCGACAGAGCUCGCCUCGCAGUACCUAAAAAUGCUGAAUUGUGGACCGAGAGUGUUCGGGUCGAGCGACGAGCGAACAAUAUCAGUCAGGCGAAGGUUUUAAUGGCCAAGGCUCUCCAGGAAGUCCCUAAUUCGGGGCUGUUAUGGAGUGAGAGCAUUUGGCACCUUGAACCCAGAACCCAUCGGAAGCCUCGGAGCUUAGAAGCAAUCAAGAAAGUCGAUAACGAUCCGAUACUGUUGGUCACGGUUGCCCGCAUCUUCUGGGAUGAACGCAGACUGGAAAAGGCAAUGACUUGGUUCGAGAAAGCUCUCAUCGCGAAUAGUGACCUAGGAGAUAUCUGGGCCUGGUAUUACAAGUUUUUGAUGCAGCAUGGCACCGAGGAGAAACGCCAGGAAGCGCUUGCCAAAUGCAUCGCCACCGAACCAAGACACGGUGAAAUAUGGCAGUCUGUCGCCAAAGACCCGGCGAACGCGUACAAGUCGACGGAAGAAAUCUUGAAGAUGGUCGUGGAACGCCUUUCUUGA